AUGUCGGGUACAAUCGAGAAAAUAAACCCUAAUCUUCCAAUCUACAUUGAAAGAUGUCAGAAUCCGGAUAACAGCCCAAUCAAUGUGGUGAUAAUGUUCGGAUGGACGAAUAGUAAUCUUAAAAAUGUUUCAAAAGUUGCGUCUUACUGGCGAAAGAGAGGAAACUUUCAUAUUAUGUAUUGGAUUGCUCCAGCUUUUCCUUACAUUUAUUUCACUGGCAAGGCUACGCAAGCAUGUGCUGCAUUUAUUCCGUAUCUUCAAGAAUUUGGUAUCUUGCCAACCACAGGUGACGACGAUGACUCUUUCCAUAGUCGAAUAAAACCAAAAUUGAUUGCGCACGCAUUCUCAAACGGCGGUGCAACAGGCCUCGCUGGUCUUGCCGAAUCAUGCAGAAUACAAAACCUUCCAUUGCAUUAUUCUGCUUUAAUCAUCGAUUCAGCUCCCGGAACCCGAAGCAUCUUCACUUUUUAUCGAAUAUUUACAGUCGCACAAAAAAAUCCCAUAAAGAAAUUUUUUCUGGCAAUCUUUGUUGAAUCAUUAUUUUUGUUCAUUGGGCUUCCGUCAAUGCUACUUUAUUCUCUUUUUACGGGUCAAAAGGGUCUCAUAAAAUUUUUUACGGAUGUUUUGUUUGAACAUAAUUCCGUGAAAGAUUCGCCCAGAUUGUUCAUUUAUUCGAAAACUGAUAAGUUGGUCCCUUCAUCAUCGAUAGAAGAGGUGAUAGCGAAAAGCGAAAGAUUAAAUGGUGAUAAAACGAGAAAAUUGUGUCUCGAGGAAAGUGAUCAUGUGAGGCAUUGGGCUACGCAUAUGGAGAUUUAUGAGAAAGCCGUAGAUAAUUUUGUAGAUGAAUUUAAUAUACUUUGA